GCUCCAUCAUCACACCUGCUCACACCUGCUCACACCUCACUGCUGCGUCUCCUGCUCGUCCACUCAGAAGAAAAAGAAGAAGACUACGAUGCCUCUCCAGUCCACGCUGUCCGGCCGCAGCUCCGGCUCAAAGGCCGUCGACACUCAGAACGACGGGAAGUCCUUUGAGCAGCUGAGACAGGAGUGUCUGCAGAGAGGAGUUCUGUUCGAGGACCCGGACUUUCCUGCCACUGGCUCCUCGCUCUUCUUCAGCCAGAGCGUCCCUGUCAACAUCGAGUGGAAGAGGCCCAAGGAAAUCUGCCAAAACCCCAAGUUCAUCGUGGGCGACGCAAACAGGACGGACAUUUGUCAGGGACAGCUCGGAGACUGUUGGCUCCUGGCAGCCAUCGCCUCUCUGACCAUGAAGAAAGACGCCCUGGCCCGAGUCGUGCCCCAUGACCAGGACUUUGACCACAGAUACGCCGGCAUCUUUCACUUUCAGUUCUGGAAGCAUAACCAGUGGCUGGACGUGGUGGUGGACGACAAACUGCCCGCGGUGAGGAACCAGCUGAUCAUGCUUCACUCCGCCUCCAACAACGAGUUCUGGAGCGCCCUCCUGGAGAAGGCUUACGCCAAGAUGCAUGGCAGCUACGAGUCCCUGAAGGGCGGCAGCACCAUGGAGGCCAUGGAGGAUUUCACGGGCGGCGUCGGGGAAGUUUACGAAACCAAGAAGUCUCCUAACAACCUGUUUGCGAUCAUGAAGAAGGCUCUGGACAGAGGCUCCAUGAUGGGAUGCUCCAUCAAUACCAGCAGUUCUGCGGAGUCUGAGGCCAGGACAGCCUCCGGCCUGGUGAAGGGACACGCCUACUCCAUCACUGGUGUGGAGGAGGUAACUGUCAGAGGUCAGAAGGUCAAGCUUGUCCGGGUCAGAAACCCCUGGGGUCAAGUGGAGUGGAACGGUCCCUGGAGCGACAACUCCAGAGAGUGGAAUUACGUGGACACAGCUGAGAAAAAUCGCAUUCUGCAGAAGUCAACGGAGGACGGUGAAUUCUGGAUGGAGUUUGAGGAUUUCAAGGCGAACUACGACAAGGUGGAGAUCUGCAACAUGACCCCAGACUCCCUGACCGAUGACACAAAACGCCACUGGGAGGUCAGCAUGUUUGAGGGAAACUGGAUCCGCGGCUCCACCGCUGGAGGCUGCAGGAACUUCAUCGACACAUUCUGGACGAACCCUCAGUUUAAGCUGCAGCUGCAGGAUGCUGACGACGACGACGACGUGUGCAGCGUGGUCAUCGCUCUGAUGCAGAAGAACAGGAGACAACUGAGGAAGGAGGGUUUUGACAUGGAGACCAUCGGAUUUGCCGUUUACCAGGCUCCGAACGACGAGGACCAGCAGGGGAAAGACUUCUUCCGCUACAAUGCAUCCAAAGCUCGCAGCCACACGUACAUCAACAUGCGUGAGGUGUCCGAGCGAUUCACGCUGCCGCCCGGGAACUAUCUGCUCAUACCCACCACCUUCCAACCCCAUCACGAGGCCGACUUCAUCGUCAGGAUCUUCUCUGAGAAGGCGGCGCCGGCCAUAGAGAUGGGAACCAAGGUGGACGCUGACCUACCAGACCCUCCCAUGCCCAGUGAUCCAGAGGAUGAGACAGAGGAGGAGAAAGGUCUGAGGAGGCUUUUUGAACAACUGGCCGGUGACGACGAGGCCAUUUGUGUGAGGGAGCUCCAACAGAUGCUCAAUGGUGUUCUCAGCAGACGUAAAGAGAUUAAAUUUGAUGGCCUGAGCCUCAGCACCUGCCACAGUAUCAUCAACCUGAUGGACGUGGACAACACAGGGAAGCUGGAGUUCCAAGAGUUUAAGGUGUUCUGGGAAAAGAUGAAGAAGUGGAUUAUGCUUUUCCUGUCCUUUGACACUGACCGCUCAGGAAAGAUGUCGUCCUACGAGCUUCGCAUCGCCCUCAAGGCUGCAGGCAUGAAUCUGGACAACAAACUGCUGCAGUUGGUCGGCCUCAGGUUUGCUGACGAAAACUAUGACAUCGACUUUGACGAUUAUCUCACCUGCAUCGUCCGUCUGGAGAACAUGUUCAGAGCUUUCCAGGCUGUGGACGAGUUCAAGAGGGGGCGUGUCAGAAUGAACAUGAUGCAGUUCCUGAUGUUGUCGAUGAACGUCUGAGGAGCAGAGGAGAGCAAACAGAAGCCACCAGAAGAACAAAACACAACCGACGGUCUUUAAAGUGCAGUGUGUUGAAUAUUCAGGCCGUGAUGACACAAACACGCGUUACCUUUUUCUUUCUUUUCCUUCAUGCAUCACAUUGUUUUGACGUUACACUUGAAAUGCCAUUAAAAUGCCACCUGUGCCCCCUGCUCGGGUCAGUCAUGUGACAUCCUGCCUGUGGGAGAUCCGGAUGCAGGGAACUGAAAA